UAAAUACCGUAUACUUCAUAUGUAUUGGAAGUUUACGUCAAGAAAAAUCAAUUCAACGAUCGAUCGAUAGGGAGAAAGAACAAAGAAGUGAGAUUGAGAUUGAGAUUGAAUUUAAAUUUGGAAUUUGGAAUUGAAUCCUGUUGUUGUUCUUGUUGGUUUUUGAUACCAUCUUGAUAAGAUAAAGAGAGAAGGGAUUUGAAAAGUGAGGAGAAAGUUUAGUUUGUUUUUGUGGUGGUGGGAUAAAACACGCCGUGCUUAGUCUUUCAUAGGUUUUUAGUUUUUGAAGGGACGUGUUGGUUUCUUGUUUAUUUGACGGAAAGGUUACGAUUUAUUCAAUUUGUUUACCAUUUAUAAGUUCGGGAUUCUCGCGAUAAUAUACUGCAAGGAAUAUACAAACGGAAAUAGCAACAAGGAACGAAACGAAACGGAAGGGAACGAUACGAUACGAUACAAUGGCUCCAGCGACGAGAUCAUUGAGAAAAGAUAAGAUGGAGAGUUUGGUGGAUAGUACCGAGGACGCGGCAGAUCAACUGAUUAAUGGGGUUUCGAGCAACUUGGAGACGAGUGAUGAUUUGGAUGAAUAUUAUUCGAGGAGGGAGUUGGAAAGAGAGAGUGAGGGGAGGAUGGCCAGAAACUCAAAGCUGGCUCAUUCCAUGCUUGUCGAGUCUGGACUUGCACCGCGAUCGCAAUCGACAAUGCCAGAUCUAUUGAGAUUUCCUGUCGUGGUGAUUCUCACUUCGGUGAUGAGUGGGUUGGCUUAUAGUUUGAGAGCGAGUUAUUUGGAUGGAGGGGAGUUGGGGAGGGUUAGCAGGUCGCAGGAGGGUUGGGAUGACUUUGGAAUUUUGUUUACGUGGAGGACUCUUGAGUUGGCUUUGGGUUGGUUUGGUAAUUAUGAUGGGUAUGAUCUUGCGGCUUUGAGUGUGUUGUCUCGUGGUCCUCCGGUAAGUUUUUACUUUUUCUGCCCCGCUCCAAAGUUGCGAUUGUAUUUUCCAUGUGUAUACUGAUUCUCGGGAUGUAGUUGUAUCUUCUAGGCUCAUUCUAUGAAGUUAGCAUGAAGACUGUUUUGACAUCUCUUCUCAUCGAUACUCUCACAACCUAUAUCCCUUUCCGAUUACUCCGACCUCUCUCCCCCGCUCAUGCAAACUCUCCAUCUGUCCCAAAUCGAGAUAUUACUUCAGAUAUUCCCGUUCAAAUCAUUACUACACUCCUAGCGGCAUCUAUCUACAGCGUCGCCCUCUAUUGUGCAUACAUGUCGUACUUGCCAGUUUGCCUCGCCACCUAUUUCGAAGGUAUCCCAUCUAUUGCUGCCGCCUACUCCGCGACUCCCACCUCUCUCCUUCCCGUUACAUUCCUCUUGGGUCUCGCGACACGUUCAUUCAUCUUCACUCCAGCUACCGCUACCAAACCCUCAGACUCCAAGGCCGAACCUUUCAAUCCUGAGACCGCUACAUUGGAAGAGACUAUCUGGUACAACUUUUGGGGCUGGUCGAAGAAAACUAAGCUCAUUAUUAGGCGAACAGCUACUUUGAUGAUGGUUACAGGUGUCAACACUUUUGUGCAAUUGUAUGUUACGCUUGAGGGUGUUGAGGCGCUUGGUGCUGUGGCGUAUUCAAGUGUCUGGGUUGUGGCGGCAGGAAUUUGUGGGGCUGUUUUGGGGUUUGUGGGUGCGGUCUAGGGAGAUGAUGUGAUGCAGGUUUUGGGGUCAAACCUUAGGGAAGAGAUAAAAGUAUGAGGGGAGAAUACAAGAAGAAGACACGUACGAAUCUUGCUAUUUCCUAUUUUUGGAGUGGAUUUUGUUGGUUUGGCGGUACAGUUGAAUGGCUGAAACGAGACCUUUUUUGUUACUGUUCACAGGUUUAUGAUAUGGGGAGAUAUGUUUACAUUUUUACUUAUCAAUAGGGCGAGUAGGGUAUGGGGAAAUAAAUCAUAUGAAUACCUACAAUAAAC